AUGGCUUCCAGAUCAGAGGAGGAUCACUGCUGUGCCAUAUGUCGUGAUGUCUUUAGAGAUCCUGUUUUUCUGUCAUGUAGCCACAGCUUCUGUAAAGAAUGUCUGGAAAGAUGGUGGAAAGGAAAGAAAAAGCAUGAUUGUCCGGUCUGUAAGAGGAAAUCUUCAAAGUUACAACCUCCUAUAAAUCUGGCGUUGAAGAAUGUGUGUGACUCCUUCUUACAAGAGAGAGACCAGAGAGCUUCAGAGGAUAUCUGCGGUCUGCACUAUGAGAAACUCAAACUCUUCUGUCUGGACCAUCAGCAGGCAGUGUGUCUCAUCUGCAGAGAUUCAGAAAAACACUUCAACCACAGUUUCAGACCCACUGAGGAAGUUGCACAUCAUCUAAAGAAGGACCUUCAGGAAACUCUGGAACCUUUAAAGGAGAAGUUAAAUGUUUUCAAACAAAGUUUAAAAGUGCAGUCCGAUCAAACAGAACACAUUCAGGUCCAGGCCCGACGCACAGAGACGCAGAUUAAGGAGCAGUUUAAGAGGCUUCACCAGUUUCUAAUAGAGGAAGAGGAGGCCAGGAUGACUGCACUGAGGGAGGAAGAGGAGCAGAAGAAUCAGAUGAUGGAGGAGAAGAUGGAGGCUCUGAGCAGAGAGAUAGCAGCUCUUUCAGACACAGUCAGAGCCACAGAGGACGAGCUGAGAGCUGAACACGUCUCAUUCCUGCACAACUACAAGUCUGCAGUGGAAAGAGUCCAGCAGCACCCCCUGCUGGUGGAUCCACAGCUGCUCUCAGGAGCUCUGAUAGACGAGGCCAAACACCUGGGCAACCUGACCUUCAGCAUCUGGAACAAGAUGAAGGACAUGGUCUCCUACAGUCCUGUGAUUCUGGACCCAAACACUGCUGGUCCAAGACUCAUCCUGUCUGAAGAUCUGAUGACCGUUAGACGAGGACAUAGACAGCAUCUUCCUGAUAAUCCAGAGAGGUUUGACGAACACUGGUCUGUUCUGGGCUCUGAGGGCUUUACCUCAGGGACUCACAGCUGGGACGUCCAGGUUGGAGACAAUGCAGAGUGGUCCCUAGGUGUGUUAGCAGAGUCUGUCCAGAGGAAGGGACGCAUACAAUCCGGAUUAAUGAGAAUAUUGUUCUUUGAAGGGAAAUACUGUGCAUCAUGCUCACUGCAAGAUCCAAACAUAGAUCUUCAAGUGCAGAAGCAGCUCCAGAGGAUCAGAGUGAAUCUGGACUGGAACAGAGGAAAGCUGUCGUUCUCUGAUCCUGAUAGUAACACACACAUACACACCUUCACACACACUUUCACUGAGAGGAUGUUUCCAUACAUUGGAACUGUGGGUAAACUGAAGAUAUUACCACAGAAGAUCUGUGUGACAGUGGAACAGAGCAGUUAGAGAUGAAGGUGAUUCACUUAGACGCGUUUGUUACGUUUGUGUAUAUAAAUGUGUUGAUCUCCUGCAACCUCUUAAUGUAGAAAUGACCAAUGUGUAGCUGUGGGUUAAAGGACUCU